UGAGAAGCACAGAGGAUGGAUCUGCCGAGGACGCUGGCCCCCCUUGCCAAGCUGAGACCACCUCUGAGACCCUGGCCUGGCCGGGGAGUGUCCCUGCCCUGGAGCUGCUGCAGGGCAGAGCUACCCCAUCUCAGGCCUGCAAGGCACCGGAUGACAUGGGAGUGUGACAAGGCCCUGGCCAGCACAGAGCCUCCACCGCUGUUUUCCUACCACUGCCUGCUUGAGGAAGGGCCACAGGAGUCGGUGUCGAGCUCCAGGGCGCAGCUGGGGCACGUCUGAGCCGUGUCACAAGUGCCAAGAGGGAAGUGAGUCACUCACCUGCAAGCGAGCGCUGCGCCCUCCUUCCUGUCCAAACCUCUUCCCAGGCAGGAGCAUGCUGACGGCUUAGCCCUGCCAGUGGCUCAGCUCGCAGCAGGGACCGGGCGGGCUGGGGUCUCCUGGACCAGGUGCUCUGUGGCCCUGAGUGACUCUGCAGUCAUGCUGCAGUUGCUCCCAUUCUGGUGUCCUGUUCUUGAGAGCUGCCUCUGUGGAGACCUUCCAGCCCCAGGUCAGAGAAAAUAACACUUGGCAGAAGACUGAGCAUCCUCAGUAAAACACCCAUCACUGCUCUACUAAAGCUGAAGAUGGACAUAUCAUGCUGAAUCCUUUCGACUGUGAUGAGGGUGUGGAAGCAGAUCCAUGAGAUGUCCAGUAGGACUUGCCUUGGGUCCUGCAUGAAUCAAAGUUACAGCAGGGAACAGAUCAUGGGCCCCUGCCUGCUCUGGGACCUCUCCGCAGGGCAGCAGGGAGUGACACAUUACUCCUCAGGGAUGUGCCAGACCUCUGUGGCCAGACCCUGAAGUGUCAUGGCCCAGACCAUCCUCACCGCCUGGCGACCAUCACCUGAAUCAGCUACUACCCUUUAGAGAUCAGUGGGUUCUCAGCAGGGUGGCAGAGAUCAAGGUGAAAGAGGACAGAUACAUGUGUCACCUGGCCAACUACUAGUACUGCCACAGCUAUUUGUUAAUUCACAUGGAACAUGGCUGAAAGAUUGAGUUUAAAGACACUCAAACCUCAGUGCUGCCCAGCAUGCAGCAGCCCGUGAAGGUCCAAGGACAAGUUGUGGAUAUCUGUAGUUGUCAUGUCCUUAGGGGACCUGUGAGAGGUGAGGAGGGACAGGCUUGGGAAGGUGACUAUUGCCUUCCUCUCCUAACAACCGGAAAGAAGUACUGAGUGGUUUGCAGAGUUUUCUGAAGAAAGGAAGAGCUUUCUUGAGCUAGAGCUGACUUCCCAUUUGCAGAGGAAAAUUGCAAAUGUGCAAAGUGUGAAUGAGGAACCAAUGGCACAUGGUCACAAAGAGAGACUCAACCCAGAGAGGGUAAGAAGAAAAGCUACAUCAGGAAGUUCUGCUUCAGACGUGCCCACCCGCCGCCAUGAUGUCUGGAAAGGGUAAAGGUGCUGCUGAAGGUAGUGCUGACUCCUACAUUUCAUGCCACAUAGACUCUGAGUUUCGCUACAACCUCUUCACUGUUUUCUACAGCAUCAUUUUCAUUCUGGGCUUUGUUGCCAACUGCUAUGUGCUGUGGAUUUUCAGCCGUAUUUACCCAACCAAAAAACUCAAUGAAAUCAAGAUAUUCAUGGUGAACCUGACAGUAGCUGACCUGCUCUUCUUGGUUACGAUGCCAAUGUGGAUUGUUUACUAUCACCACCAUGGAGACUGGAUCAUGCCUGAGUUCCUCUGUAAUGUAGCUGGCUGUUUAUUUUUUGUUAACACCUACUCUUCUGUUGCCUUUCUGACGGUCAUCACAUACAACCGUUACCAAGCUGUGACUAAUCCCAUUAAAGCUGCUCAGUUUACCACCCAGAGAAGGGGUAUCUACUUAUCAGCAGCUAUCUGGAUCAUAAUAGUGGGCAGCUCUUUGUAUUACCUUUUUGACAAUAAUACUAAUCAGGAGGAGAUUGAUUCGAAGAAUUUCACACGGUGCUUUGAGCGCUAUAACUCUUCUAGCAGUGUUUCAGCUGUUCUCGCCAUUCAUGUCAUCAUCUGCAUCCUCUUCUAUAUAAUUUUCCUUUUUAUACUAGGCUGGAACAUCAUCAUUAUCAGGACACUGUUCUCCAAAUCAGUGCAGCCACGGAAGAGUGCUCAUGUCAAGCAAAGGGCACUCUGGAUGGUUUGCACAGUGCUGGCUGUGUUCAUCAUAAGCUUUGUACCUCAUCACAUAGUGCACCUGCCCUGGACCCUGACUGUUCUGGAGCAGUGGAAGAAGGAAAACUGUCAGUUGCGCCAACAACUCAAUGAUGCUCACCAGGUGACUUUGUGCCUCUUGAGUAUGAACUGUGUGUUGGACCCUAUCAUCUACUGCUUCCUCACCAAGAAGUUCCAAAAACAUCUUUCAGAAAACCUGAAAAGCAUGAAAGGGAGUCGCAAGUGCUCCAGGCAAACCACCGACACAGUGAUUGAGGGCACCAUUCACCAAGAGGAUGCCAUUAGGAUCUAGUUCAGCCCUGUUCUGAUUGCAGAUUGAGAUGCGUGAAUUAGUCACCCAUCUUUUCUCAAGAAGAGGCACUGAGGGACACAACAGAGGACCAAGUUAUUACAGUUCCUUUUUUCUUUUAGACAGAAGAAUGGACACUCAUUUCUUCUAUCACAUGCAACUGGCAGAACAGGAACCUGCAGUAAUCUGGCAGAAAAGCACCUUCUGUCUGGGCUGAUGUUCUCAUGGGCACUAAGAACAGCUCAGACAAUCUGCUUUUACAUGAAAGAAAUGUGUCACUGAGUCUCUGCAGUGCGCAGCUAGAACCAAAGUGCACUGAAAUUAUCUAUUGUGUCAGCCCAGAGAGCACCAUCCCUGGUCCUUUGCCUGCCCCGCUCCCACGAGGAAUCCAGUAUCAGAGCUGUAAGAGACUUCUAAAAGACCUGGAAGAACAGACUGAGCUGCUAGUAUCAUCAAGUGACUUUUCUAAGCAGUUUGCAUGGUUCUGUGAAGAGAGUCUGAGCUGAAGAAGCUCUUCAGUGGCUAGAAGGGACGUAGUCCAAGGAGUUCCUCAAAUGCCAUCCAAGAAGGCAUCUGCACCUCUGAUCCCUUCUUACCUACUUGCAUGGUCUGCCAGGGUCCAUACUCAACAGAUGUCUGGGUGUAGCUAUUAUAAACUUUUGCCUUUGCUCCCAGCUCUUGAAUCAGUCAAGUAACUGGACUAGUAGGCAAGAAAAUGAAGACACAUUGGCAGUGCCUCAGUCCCUGUCCCCAGAUCAGCAUUAUGUCCAAAGGGGACUAUUGUCUGCCCUGACUUCUUUUAUGAUAGCAGAAGUGGCAAACCAGCAGCCUCUUGCACUCAGUUUAGUAAUUUUUGGCUGACUGCAUGUGUCUGUGGAAAUCCAAUCUCACUUUGGAGGCUCCAGAUAACAGAAGAUUAUUGUCAGCAUGGGCAUUAUAAGAAGAAAAAAAGCUUAAAAUGCUUCAGUAUCUUUGUUCUUAUUUAUUUAAGUUAGGGUUGUAGCAACCAACUGUACAUUAUUCCUUCCCCCGGCCUUUCUGUUUCUGCUAUGAAGAAAUUAAGCUGACUACUUCUUGAUAUCCUACCACAAGUGAAGUAUUAGGUCAGGUCAUGGCUACUUUCUGAGCAAAGCAGUGCUGCACAGUGAUACAGUACACUUGACAGACACGUAAUUCAUGUACUCCCACGAGCCUGGAGACUCCUCACUCAGGGCUGGCUGCAGUCAGUUGGGGCCCAGGGCAAAGUGCUUUUCCAGGGGUGCUGUUCUGUUACCAAUCACGAGACACUCAAGGUUCCUUUUCUGACCCAAAUUGCUUAAUCCAGCACAGGAAAUUGGGCAGGGAAGGGAACUUACUUGUUUUCACAACAGUUUUUGGUUCCCUAAACUACAUAGGAGUGUCUGGUUGAUGACAGAAUAAGUGUAUCAUCUGACCUGUGACACCAAUUCUUCAUGUGCAAGGACAGCAGCCUUCCUACACCCACCAGAGAAUGUGAAAGAUAAGCUCAAGUCUUUCCAAAGAUAGGACCAAUGUCAGUAUCAGACUUUGCCUACAUUCAGUGGAGAUAUGGGUCCUUCAGCUUUUAUGCUUACCUGCGUGAAUGAGCUAAAGAACUAAGACAUUUCUUGUUCUGAUGCCAUCUGCCAGGGCCAGCCAUGCACUCCAGGCCCAGUGCCAGGCAAAGGAAAGAAUCUGAUCACAACAUGAAUGCAUUUCCCUCCUGGUCCUGGAUUCUGCUCUAGUAAUGGCCACCCACAGAGAACAGCUGCGGGCACCUCUUAGCAGAGAGAUAAUUCCCUAUGUCCCUCAGCCACGUUCAAAGCUUUGCCCUGAAUCUGCAGUCAUCCAAGCCACAGCACACAGCAGGGAAGGCGAUUUCUGUAAUUUAAAAGCCUAAAUCCUGCUUGCUGGAGGAAUCUGCCUUUGUAUUGCUGCCCUCCCCAGAUGGCACAUUCUGGCCAAGGAGCUCCUGCAGCUGGCAGAUGGGGUGGAGCUUUCCUCUUUUCCCCUUGCCACCCGAUAGGUUAGCAGAGCUCUCUUGCUUCACAGCCCCUAAAGCACCAAACAGAUGAAGUCUGGCAACUCUUAGAGGAAAUUAAAAGAGAUUUUACGUGGAGAUCUGGUAAAUGUGUGAUCUUCUUCUACUGAUUCCCGGAAAGCUUGCAAUAGAAUUUACAGUUUAGGCUACCUACUGUGGGUAAAUAACAUGCUUUACUCCACAGAAAACAGCUGUAAGGCCAGUGUGGGCUCAAAGAACAAAUGUAAACAUGCAUCUAAGGAAAAGGGUAAGUAGAGGCAAAAGCCCAAAGGACGCUUCAGAAGGAUAUGUUGCAGUAAUUAAGUCAGUAACAAUGCGUUUCUAAAAACCAGUCUGAGCUUCUACUUCUGUUCCUGGAAUUAUUUUCUCAGUUUGACCGCAAUGUUGCAUUACCCUGCUUUACUUGGCAAUAAAAUGGAUUCUCAAAAGUUCUUUUAAAUAAAGCGUGUUCCUCAA